AUGACGACAAAACAUACUCCAGCGGUAUCAUUCGACGACAUUCCGGGCGAACUUACAACGGGAAAGAUCCCCGAGGGCGCAGACUACGAACAGAUCACCCGCGCAACUGUGCAAUGGCUGAACAACCUCCAAAAGGAUCAUCUAGCUCCUAAUGCAAUCUGGCGGGACUUUUUGUCACUAACGGACAAUUUCCGUACAUUCUACUCGUCCGAUGUUGUCUACGACACCUUUCAAAAACUCGGCAACGUCAAGAAGCGUUCCAUCUUCGAGACAGGUAGCAUCCCGACUCGGCUGGUUUCAAGUGGCGAAGCCAGUUGGCUGAACGUCAAUCUCGCUUUCACAAUUGAAGAUCAGAAUCUGGUUGGGAAUUGUAAUGCUUUCGCCUCCGUCACACAAGAUGCAGAUGGCAAAUGGAAGAUCUGGAUGCUCAGAACCUGGCUCGAGAAUUACGAAGAUCAUGGCCAUCCGGACCUUCUCGAGCCUGUGCCUAGCAGCAGAUAUAUCAAUCGUCAGGCUAAUAGCGGGGCGCAAGACCCGAGACAUGUCUACGAUGUGAUCAUUGUUGGGGGCGGUCAGAGUGGUCUCGGCGCGGCAGGACGUUGCAAAGCACUGGGCAUCGACUACAUUCUGUUCGACGACAGGCCUGCUAUUGGAGAUUCUUGGGCUAAUCGAUACGACUCGUUGAAAUGGCACACAACCAAAGACUACGGGAACCUACCGUUCGGACGCACUUUCAAAGAGGAAGAUCCGCUCUUGUUGCCUAUCGAGAGGAUCGCAUCGGGGUAUAGAACGUGGGCCGAGCGAUUCGAUCUCAAUGUUCGCAAUUCGGAGCCCGUGGAUCAUGCAGACUGGGACGAUGCCUCGUCUCUAUGGACGGCGUACACCGGUGCCCUUGGCGAUCAAGCCGAAUACAAAGCUCGAAAUCUGGUUCUAUGCAUGGGACCAGGACACAAGCGUGAGAUCGUACCUACUUGGGCAGAACGAGGGAACGUCAAAUCCAGCGGCUUCAAGGGCACGGUUCAACAUUCUGUCGGCUACAAGAACUGCAAAGGCUUCGAGGGCAAGCGAGGCGUUGUUGUUGGCACCGCAAACUCUGCCCAUGAUGUGGCUGAGGACAUGGCUAGAGCUGAGAUGGAUGUCACCAUGUUGCAACGCAGCCCGACCUUUAUAGAGCCUGGAAAGUGGCUCGAAAAGGCCAACACGGCCAAUUAUCAUCUGGGCAAGCCAACAGAAGAGGCGGACCGGGAACAGCUUACCGCACCGCAAAAGAUCUCGCGAGAGCUUAUCAAUCGUGGAACCUGGAAGGCCAUCGAUCAGGAUCCGACACUUUGGGAUGACCUCGAGAAGGCAGGUUUCAAGUGCGACCGCUACGGGGACUUGUUCACUCAUCUUUACGUGCGCUUUGGAGGACACUACGUUGACGUUGGCAAUUGUAAGAGGAUCAUAGAAGGCCAGGUGAAGAUAAAAGGUGUCGCGGUCAAAUGCUUAACGGAGCAUGGUAUUUUAUUCGAAGACGGGAGCCAUCUAUCCGCCGACCUAGUCGUCUGCUGCACCGGCUUCAACCAUGAUUUCCGCAAAGAUGCAGCAGAGAUUGUGGGCAACGAGAUUGCGGAACAGAUGGAUGACUACUGGGGCGUUAAUAAAGAGGGCGAACUUAGAGGGUUCUGCCGAUUGGCUGGGCGUAAGUUCAGAAGUCAGAAGAUAUAUAACCGUGUAUUUGCUGACACCUCUACAGAUCCUCACCUAUUCUAUCACGGCGGAGAAGCACGCCUGGCUCGAUUCUAUUCGCGGUUCCUCGCUUUGCAGUUACAGAAGCUAAAGCUAGGUAGAGCACUUAUACCUUACUAG